CUAGUGCUAAAAGUCUUCACUUCGACGAUUCCUUUCUUCAUUUCUGCUUCCCGGUCUCUCUCUUCGCUGCCAAAGGUCCCAGCUUUGCUUUCCCUCUUCCUCUAUUUUCUUUUCUCUGCUUUGCUCCUUAAUAUUGUCAUUUUCUGCAACUCUAUAAAAUCAAAGAAGAAGAUACCAUGGCAGUGCAGAGUUUGUCAUUUUCCCCCUCUUUGUCGUCGUCGUCGCUCUCAUUAUCGUCAAGUGUAUCAUCAUCGACAUGGGCAAUAACUGCAGGUACUCCAGCUUAUAGGUUUCUUAUGAAUCCCAUUGAUCGGCAUGCUAAAUCUUUCGAUGGAGUUUGCAUUUGUGCCCCCACUGUGACCAACAAAAGGGCUGGAAUUAUUGCCUAUGUGUCUUUGGAAGUUGCUGAUGGUGGUGGGUCCCAGUCAGAAAGUGAUGAUGAAGUGGAUCUGGCAUUUGAGAAACUUCCAGUGGAUCCAAAGCUCCAGCGGAAGCUGGAGCACAAGAUGAGAUUGAAAUUGUCGAAGAAGAUUAGGAUUCGAGGAAAGAAGCUACAAAGGAAACGGAGGAUGAGGAAGAGAGGCGGCUGGCCUCCUUCAAGGUGAAGCUACAAUUUAUCUUCUUCGACGAGAAGCUACACAGCAAUGUCUGACUUUUGAGCUUCAAUUUGUCUUGGCAAUCUUGCAGUGAUUGAAGGGGUGCUAACCGAAGACCAUGGUAACAUAUUAAGCUCGUGGUGAAACCUCAAGGCUCAGUGUCUUUUUGUUGGUCCUCACUGAGCCGGGUUAGUGAAAUUUGUUGUAAUUCUUCUGUAAUACAUAUGGACCUCUGGCUCUGGCAAUGAAGUGGAUAUUCUUGCUUUCUUUUGGCUGAA